AUGGUUCCUAAAAUUGCAAACGUAGAGCCGAAUCCCGGUGUCUCCUAUCGUCUUGCAACAACCAAAUGUAUUAUAACUACCAGGAACUCAACAAAUAUCACUUUGAAAUGUAACGUGGUCCCCCGGGGUCGCGUGACCAAGGCGAACCUGAGCUUUGGAAAGGCGGCAAAGUCGGCUUGUCCAAACCUGAUGCCACCCCGGUCCUGCAAGUCAGCCAUGUUGUGUAACUGUAAUUGGAACGGCGCAUCCAUCCCUAUCAACCCCUCGGGAUAG